UUGUAACUUUUCUCUUUGUCCUUCUCUGUAACAAAUGCAUGAUAGCAAGGCGUGUGCAUUCAGCCGUCAACAUGCCUGGUGGUAUUCAUCCUCCGCUCGAUAUCAUUGCUUCAUGGCCUGUUCCGAAUUAUGUGAAUCUAGAAACCCGCCCGAUCGCGGCCUCUAUCAUUGCGUCCAUUUUCGGUCCUAUUGCUUUGUUACUUGUGUUUGCAAGACUAUGGUAUCAUGGCGGCUGUCACAUAUGGGACAUGGAAUUCCCACUCUACACCCUCCAGCGCAAACUUGUUAUGGCUAUUGAAAUCAACUUUGUUGUAGCUACGGGAUUGAUUAAGAUCUCUAUUCUUUUAUUCUAUCGCCGCCUAGGAGCACGAGGGGUUUCUCAAGCUUUCAAGGCAGCGACAUGGCUCACGGUUGGGUCUAUUGUACUAUCUACUAUGACCUUCUGUCUAAUCUCGCUCUUCGGAUGUCAACCCAUUUCUGCUUUCUGGAACCAAAGUGACAUAGAAAAGAUGGUAGCCGGAUACAAGUAUACAUGCAUUGAAGAGGCCCCUGUUGUACUAGCCGCAGGCAUUGUCUCUACUAUUCAGGAUUUUAUCACUGCUUUACUUCCCAGCUUCAUCUACUGGAAAAUCCAAAUUCCACUCCGCCAAAAGGCCGCUUUAUUUGGUAUAUUUGCUAUAGCUUAUGGAGUUGUUGCUUUUGGAGCCGUGCGAACAUACUCUACUUGGAUUCUCUAUUACGAGACUUACGACAUUAGUUGGCAGUCAUGGGAAGUCUGGAAUUGGACCCUUGCUGAGCUAUACGUUGGAGUGAUAUGUGCGAAUGCUCCAGCGCUUAGAAUCUUCUUCAAGCAAUACCUUAAUCCCAAAUUCAAAGGAUCAAAACAACAGCCGCGAUCCAAGUCAUGGUCGAAUAAAUCACAACUGAAGGGCACCACUGGUAACAGCCGAUCCACAACUGUCUCGAAAAUGGCAUUCUGGAAAGGUUCAUUCGCAAAUCAUGGAUAUGUAUCACAGCCAACGGAGCUUUCUAUCGAUGAAAAUGGGGGUAUGCAUGUUCGCCAUGAUCUCGACAUACAUCUCCCCAGCAGCCACCGCUCCUCCGAGGAUCUUAUUCGAGAAACAGAUACUGUUGAAUUACGAACACUCAAUAAAGCUCCCCCUCGAUUAGGGCCAAAUUCUCUUGGAGUGAUUCGAGAGAGUCGUGUCUGGAGACUAUCAGAUAAUAGUACCAGGGGUGUAAUGGGAGGCAGUGGUUCUUCGAACAAGGAUUAG